GUUGCGCGAUUCAAAAUGUGCUUAUACUUCCUGUUUUCAUUCUUCAUGUGACAUUUGAGCAAACUCGUCUCGAAAGAAGUAAAAAAGCCUUCGGUAGCGCCACGUCAGGAUUACAGCUGUAGAUAAACACCUGUCGAAUCUUAACCGAACGACACAAACACAUCAAGCGUCAUGGAGAGCAAAUAUAAUCUGAAGAGUCCAGCUGUAAAGAGGUUGAUGAAAGAGGCUGCGGAGCUCCGGGAGCCAACAGAACAUUAUCACGCCCAACCACUGGAGGAUAACCUGUUUGAAUGGCACUUCUCCGUCAGAGGACCUCCAGACUCCGACUUUGAUGGUGGAGUCUAUCACGGUCGGAUCGUGCUUCCCGCUGAAUACCCCAUGAAGCCCCCCAGCAUCAUUCUUCUCACUCCCAAUGGAAGGUUUGAAGUUGGGAAGAAGAUCUGUCUUAGUAUUUCUGGCCACCAUCCAGAGACAUGGCAGCCGUCAUGGAGCAUUCGUACAGCAUUGAUAGCGAUCAUUGGAUUCAUGCCAACUAAAGGAGAAGGAGCGAUCGGAUCUUUGGAUUACACUCCUGAGGAGAGAAGAGCCCUCGCCAAAAAGUCUCAGGACUUCUGUUGUGAGGUGUGUGGCAGCUGUAUGCGCACUGCUCUGCAGGCUCUCUCUCCUGACAGUGACCUUCGACCCGCUGACCGUCAGGCACACAGACUAGCCCAGCAGAUCAACUUUAAGGCUGAAUCCAGUUCAGACAGUGGCGGUGCAUCGGCAGCUUCCAGUCAAGCUGAACAGCACAGCAGCAGCGGAUCCACCGCAGACGACAGAGCUGAGCAGUCUGGAUCAACCUCUGUGGCUCCUCAGAGCUCAGCUGAAGGUCCGUCGUCUUCAGGUGCGCCGAGUCCACGGCAGAGACGCACACAGAACCACCAGACCCAGUCCCCGAGAUACCCCGCCUUUACAGCAUCACCCGUCGCCCAGCAACCUCCACAGGACACCGGUCACACGGGCUCGGUCGUCCUGAUCGUCCUCCUCACGCUCGCUCUCGCUGCGCUCAUCUUCCGCAGAAUCUAUCUGGCCAAUGAGUAUAAGUUUGAUUAUGAGCUGUGAACUGUGGACCUGCUCAUCAUCUGACUGUCUGUCCUGCGUUCAUCUCCCCUUAGCACUCCACAGCUUCAUAUAUGGCAUAAAAGGGUCUUUAACAUAACCAGGAAAGGUUUAGUUAAAGCCGGCCCCCCCCCAAAAAAAGCUUUUAUAUUCUGCAUAUAGAAAAUUAAAGGACCAUUCGGUUUUUUUUGCUUCGUGACAUUAGCAUCAUUUUGGUUUGAUGACGGUUAAACUCACAAUUCCGACAUCAAAAUUACAUCAUUUAAACAUCAAAAUGAGUUAAAAAUCAUUUAUUCUUCCACAUGUGAAGAUAUUUUGAGAAAUGUCUCAGUGGUUUUGUGUUCAUACAAUGGAUGCAAUGGGGUUCAGUGUUGUUUGGUUAUCAACAUUCUUCAAAAAUAUCUUCUUCUGUGCACAUUACUAAAUUGUCCUUACUGAGGUCAAAAAAAUAUUGCUAUGUUACUCAAAGCACAUAAUUGUUCUAGCAUAUUUGUUGGAUUUUAAUCAAAAGGAAAAAUGUCUGCACAAGACAUGUUAGAAUACGAAACAACACAGCAAAGUGAGACAUCUUGUUGUUUGUCAUCAAAAUAAUUUCGGGAAAUGAUUCAAUUUCGCUUUUUUUUGUGAAAUCUGAGGUCUGUCCACAAGUAUAUUAGUGUGUGAGACUGCUGUUUCCAUUUACCAGAAAUACUUUUAUAAGAAUCAUAGUUCCAGUUUCAGUGUGCAACAUUUACUCUCAGCCUGAUUUAAAUAUAUAACUCAAAUCUGUAAACUAAUGAACAGAAUGAAACAUUUAAACACUGUAUUCAUGUAGACGUGUGGUUGUUAUAUUUUACUUAAACACUUGCUAAAGCGCUCUGUACAGCUGGUUGGUGCAUAUUUUUUGGAACUAGUUUGAAACUUUCAAAAUGUUUUUAUUUCACAGGUAGAUCUUAAAGUUUUUAAACUGAUGUCAAGUAAGCUGAUAGAUGUGGUAAUGUUGUAGACUUAAAAAAAUCUGUUACACCUAAAAACAUCCUAGUAAGGACCUAUCACUUGAUGCUUUUUCUGUAGAUGACCUAAUGCUUAAAUGGCCAUAUACUGCAAUAAAUGUGAUAUAUAUAUAUAUAUGUGUGUGUGUAAUAUAUACUGGGUCAAAUAAUGAAAUAAAGCAGAAAUCUG